CCGUCAUCGAUUGGAGAUUAGCCGAUGUAGCUCCGCCCAACGCACGCGGAAACCCUGCGUUCUCUGAUUGACAAACACCAUACAAAAUCUCUACAUUCUCUAAACUUAUUUCUCUAGUCAUUGAUUUGUUUGUACACUUAAAACAAAAACUUUUAGAGGCAGUUAAACUCUUUGAUUUUCUCUCCCUCUCUCAAUCUCAUAGCCGUGUCCUUCCAUAGAAAAACAACAUGCAAAUUGUGUCGCAUUAGAAGAAUAGACAAAACUGUUAUCACUUCUUUGGAACAAGGAUUAAAAUGAUUCUGUGAAUGAGAAUGGGAUUUUAAAGCAUAGUUUGAGCACAACAAAAGACUGGAAAAUGUUGAAUUGGAUUUUUACACUGCUUAUUUACAAACUGGCCUAUGUUUCUAAAUCAGUUGCAACAGAUUUACAUAGAAACAUCACAGUUACGGAAGGAGAUGUCGCCAUAUUGCCUUGUGAGGCUCAGGAUGAACAGAAUAAAUAUCAGGUGGUGUGGAUGAACCCCAAGAAAAUACUGAUAGGUAAAAACCAGAGGCGGUUUAUUGACGAUGCUAGAAUAUCAAUCGAACACACGCGGAUAGAUUACUGGAAUCUGCACAUCAGACAUAUCAGGUACGAGGAUAGAGGCGAGUACACGUGCACUGUCAACACCAGUCCCGUGCAGAUAACGAGGGUCAACCUUAUGGUAUAUGUUCCAGCCCGCAUUUUAGAAUCUGCCUCUAGUAAAGACAUAAACGUCCAGGAAGGGCGUGACGUCACAUUAUGGUGCAACGCAACAGGGAUUCCAGAACCUAAUAUCACGUGGUUUCGAAUCAACAACCACCACGGAACAUACAAGGAGCGAGUUGGUGCUAUUGGAGACACUCUGAUCAUUAAGAACAUAUCACGUCAUUGUGGCGGGAAAUACGAAUGCAUGGCAACCAACAACGUGAAAGCGGCAGUUCAGCAUACCAUUAAAGUGGAUGUUCAUUUUCCACCUGAAGUAAGCUUGAUUAACUUACACCAGUCCCAGUCGCUGGGCAAGGAAACCAUUUUACAAUGCGAUGUUUCCGCCUCACCUUUCGGAGUUAACAUCUGGAGGUUUGGAGACCGGGAGUUUGAUCAACCGUCGGGACCCAAUUACCGGACUGAUAUGUACAAGGACAAUCACCUGAAAGUCACUUUAUCUUUGAGGAUUCUAAACGUCAGUCGAGGAGAUUUUGGAAACUAUACUUGUGAGGCUCAAAAUAAAUACGGACGAAGUGAGAGGACCAUGAUUCUAUCCGAAUACACGGUACCUACAUUUAAUCCUAGCCCUGUGAGGCCAAGAACGACCCCAAAAGUUCUGUCGUAUUCCGAAACCAUGAAAAGAACUCACCCGGAAACUGUGUCCCAGAUCAAGAACGAUUUCGAAGAUACAAAGAUUUUUGACUUCUCCAAACUAACAGAAGGUUUGAAGGAAGUUGACGAUUCCAAGAACGCUGGCUACACAACCCGUGUGACCGUACAGACACUAGGAACAAUAACCAUGUUCUGGACACUUAAGUCAAUCUAUCCUGGAUUAUUUUGAAGUCAUUGAAUACAUCAAAGUGUGAAAUGGCCAAAAUAUUUAUAAUCAGAGAAUAAAAAAAGUAUGAGUUGUGUUAUGUGCUUGUGAUCAACGAAGACAGUGUUUGGAAAAUAGACCUAUAGACCUGGAAUCUUGAAUCAAAUUCAGCACUUGUACAGCAUCAUGCUUUCAUUCCCGAUUCAGCAUUCACAGACACAGACGAGGUGUCUGUAAUUUGAAGUCUUCUAGUGCUAAUGUGUACCAAAAAAAAUAAACAACUCGUGCAUCAUGUGACGUUUCUGUGGGUAAAAGCUGUAACCUAGUGUAGUAUGGAUAUUCCUAAACAGUUGGUGUUAUUUUGGGGACGGUGGUAGGUGUGU